GUAAGUAAGCGUUGACCAAGAAAUUUUGACGUUAGGGUUUUUGUUGUUAUUUAGAUAGUUAUUAACACCAUGCAACUUAGCAUAUGACAAAUUGAACUGCAAAGCAUUACAUACUUACCCCAGGUAGUCGUUAAUUCGCGUUGGAGACGGGGCUUGGUUGAUAGAUGAUAUCUAACUAGGUGGUAACGUUAACUAACAAUGGCCAAUUGUGUGGUUUUUCACACUCAACUAGCCUCCAUUAUGGAGGUGCUAGCGAAUGCAGCCGUGGCAGAGAUUUGUAAACUCGUAGACGACGACUAUGCAGUGUUUCGUCUGGAAAUAACUCAAAGACAAAAAGAAAACAGGGCAUUGCAGAGGAAACUACAGCUACUGGAACUGAAGGUGGCACGGGAGCGCGCAGAGAGGACAACGCGAGAGCGCGUCCUCGCCAGUCGUCCCAGUAGUGUCAAGAUCCUCGACCGAUACAGAGGAAUGGCAAGAGGUGAAGGACAUCUCACUGGAAGCCACAAGAGCUUUGUGAAGCCAGCGGGACACAAUAGAUGGAGAGAGAACCAACCAAUCACUGUUGAUGAGGGGAGUGGAACCUCAACCCAGCACGUUAUCAUGAUAGAGUCUGCAGAUGCAGAGGCUGCAGGUUAUGGCGAAUCGUCUCUGGUCAAGCAGGAGAGGACUGAAGCAGAGGACCCACAACACAGCAGAGACAUUCAGACUAGAGCAACGUCUGGAGUGGCGCCCCCUGUAGACGACCUAUCCACCGCCGCUGCGCCUCAGCCCAGGACCCGACACAGCAUUACGGAGGAGGAGGAGGGUCCAGAGGUGCUGCUGUUGAAGGAGGAGGGAUGUGUGGAGAGUCUGGGGAACCCUAAGGGGACCAUGGUCAUAGAGGACAACCAGACUACACCACCUCCUGAAGCCACAGAGGAACCAGCUGAGCAGCACAGGACCACACACAGUCUCACUGAGUCAGUAGACAUGGAGGAUGGGAAGAAUGAUCUGCUGGUUGUCAAAGAGGAGACAAUAGAAGAUGAACCAGAGAGCAUUGACCUGCUGAGUGGACUAAAGAUUGGGGAGCAAGGUGGUUGGCAGGAGGCUAACAGAGGAGACUGGGCAACCAUCUUGGGUUCACAGACUGGUAUAGCCAAGAGCCCAGGGGACGCCAUCACCGAGCAGGCCAGGACCAGAGGCGACAUAGUGGAUGUUAGUGGAUGGGACAGUGUUCUUAACUCUGGGCUGGGGAACAACACUGUUAACCACAACCAGAAACAGACAGGGGAACACAAAACAAAAUCUGAAUUUAGUAUCCAUGACAAUAGACUGGCUGAGACCAGGGCAAGGCGUAGAUUUGGUCUGCGGGGACGAGGAGGUGUAUAUAUGCAGCAGGAGAGAACAGAUACAGACUCGGCUAGCGAUGCUCCAUCCUGCUCCUAUAGUUGUGAUUCAGAGAGACUGAUGGCACCUCAGGUUAACCCCCUAACAGAUGCUGCCUUCAGCCUGCCUUCUAUAGGAUCUAUCAACUGGAACAUGGACCCUGUGACAACACAAACACUCCCUGGCCUUCAUCCUCCUCACACUCUCCUUAUGUUAAACCAGACCUCAGACAAUGCUAGUGCCUCAACAGCAAAUGGCUACACAAGCCCAUUGACAAAUGACAGUAGUAGUAACGCUAUCAGUAGAUCUGGUAGCAAAGAGAAGCGCUUCCCGUGUUCGUUCUGUGGGAAAGCCUUUCGUUUCUCUAAACAGGUGGAGAUCCACCAGAGGAUGCACACGGGAGAGAAACCGUUCGGCUGCCAUCUGUGCCGGGCCAGUUUUUCACACUUGUCCAGCCUGAAGAGGCACCAGAGAGUUCACACAGGGGAGAAACUUUUCAGCUGCGUCCUGUGCAGGGACAGUUUUUCACACUCCUCCAGCCUGAAGAGGCACCAGAGGGUCCACACAGGGGAGAAGCCUUACACCUGCUCUCAGUGUGAAAAGAGGUUCUCCCACCAGCACCAUCUCAAGAUGCACCUGAAAGUCCACACGGGAGAGGACAUUCACCCGUUCGCACUGCGGGAAGAGGUUCUUAGAGGAGCUACCUGACAAUACACCAGCAGAAAAUGCACACGCCCCAUGAAUAGUGUAUGUACUAGUUUGUUUGUAGUUAAUUCUGCUGGUUUUGGAUGUAGUCGGGAACUGGAUGAGGUGAACUGAGGAAAGAAUGAGUAUGAUGAGGCAGAGGAGAUGGUAUGAUGGUGUAAAAAUGAUUAUCCGAUGGAAAGUGACAACUUUGUCCUGUUUGAUGCUGGUGUUUUAUCGGGAAAUGAUAGUUCCUUAAUGAAUGUUUUCUUGACAUUAAGUAGUGACGAUGUUGAACCUUUUUCAAAGCAUUCUAAAAAAUAAUUUUAUCAAAGCAAACCUUUUUCAAAGCGUUCUAAAAUUAAUUUAUCAAAGCGAGGAUACCAGAUUUACAGAAAAGUGUUACCAUAGUGAGAAGUUAUUCUACAAUACUUGUCACAUGUAUACUUUUGUGCAAUAAAAGUACUGACCAUUUUUGUUGAAAUUAAAUAGAACAUUUAAUCUGUGCUGA